UUAUGUAGGUGUUUACUAGUGUUUUUUUCUUCAAUUGGAGGGGUCAGCCUGUAAAUUUUAGGUAGGGAUGCAUGUAUGUAAUUCAGGAUCUGAAAUUUUAAAUGCUGAGGUUGAUUUUAUGGGAGAGGUUGUUGACGGCAGAGUUGGCGUUGGUGUCAAGAUCUCACCGCGUAGAGCAGCUAUUGAGAAGGCUCAAGCAAAGCUUAGGCAGGAGUAUGAUGUUCGUGAGGAGAGGGGAAGGGAACUAGAGCUUCCUGAGAAAGUAUGCACUUUUAUCUCCUAUUCCUAUCUUGAGUUGUAUAAUUAAUAUUCAUCAUAAAGCAUAAUGCUGCCAGGGUUGCAAUCCCUUGGAUUUUAAAUUUGGCAAUGCAGUGUCAGUUAGUGUCCGGAAUACUUCUCUCACUGAUCAGCAAGCAGAACAUUUAGUUACUGUUGUUGUGUGUUACUGUACUAUGGUUCUGAAUUGAAUUGAAGCAUCAGUUAACGCUUCCCUGUCCAUAAUUGUUACAGUGAUGCGAAAGAUAGUUUUGCACUCACUGCCUCACCUCAUGGUGAUUCCAUAGAGAGUAGUCUAAGACCAGGGAUUCCUCAAGUUUGUGAAACCAAUAGUGCAGACAAUCUCUCACUUUUUGCUGGUGAAAAUGGG